AUGCAAUACCCCGUCCAUGACCCCCGCCUGUUCUCCAAACUGACCACGUCGUCCUCGCAGGUCUGCCAAUUUUGUUACAAUAACAUCAAGCACAACCUAAACGGUCUCUGUCCUGCCUGUCGACGACAAUACGACGACAGUUCGGUCAAAUUCGAGGCUGUUACCCAUGAACAGAUCGCCGAAUUCAGGGCAAACAUACAAAAGAACCAGAAGAAGCGAGCCGCUGAACAGCGCCAAAAAGAGGCACAAAAACGAGAGGUCACGGACAGGACCAACCGCAAGAACCUCGUUGGCGUGCGAGUGGUGCAGAAGAACCUUGUUUACGUGACAGGUUUAACCCCCACCGUACCCGAAGACGAGCUCUUGAAGACGUUGCGAAAGCAGGAGUUCUUUGGGCAAUAUGGCAACAUCCAGAAGAUCUCGAUUAGUAACCGAAAGGCGCCGGAUGGCCAACAACAGUCCCUCGGCAUAUACGUUACAUUUGAGAAGAAGGAGGACGCCGCCCGGUGUAUCGCUGCUGUCAACGGUUCCCACAAUGGUGAUCGCAUCCUGAGGGCGCAGUUGGGCACCACCAAGUAUUGCUCUGCAUGGUUACGGAACGAACAGUGCGGCAAUCGCCAAUGCAUGUUUCUGCACGAGCUGGGCGAGGAGGAAGAUAGCUACACCCGACAAGAUCUCUCGUCCCUCAACAGCAUACACACCCAGCGGCCUUUGUCCAAUGCUCCCGGCUCUUCUCGAUCUGCCUCUCGUCUGCAAGGAGGUCCGGCUCAACAACCUCCGCCUCCCAUCGCCCAGCCCAUGGUCCGUACCUCUAGCAAAGAAGGAUCGGACAUGGGCGAUGGUCCUAUUCUACCCGCCACAGCCAACUGGGCCCGGACCACUCAGCAGAGGAGUCGCCGUGGAAGUCAUGCUACGAGUGGUGCCGCCUCUAGUCCAGCCAUCUCCAACUCGUUGCCUGUUACUACCGAGUCUGCGCAAGAGGCGAUCGAGUCUUCACCGCCUCCUGAAGAGCCUGCACCUACUCCUCCACCUACCGCCCCGGCAUCAAGUCGAAAGGCGGGAAAGCAGCCCGCUGCUUCAAAGGAGCGGGAGGCCAAGGAGAUUACUAAUGCCCAGCCUUGUGUCAAGGAUCCAUAUGCACUGCCCGACUUUAGUGACCUGAUGAAGAGAUUCAUGGCGAUUCCAGACUUUACUCCCCCGAAAGAACACGACGAUUCCUUCCCGCCUCUGUUCGACCCUUACGGUGGCUACAAGAGGCGCGUAAUGCGCGAGGAGGAGGAAAAGGAGACUAGGGCUACCGAGCAAGAAGAGCAGGCCGAUAAGCUUUCCGAAGGGGAACCUGAAAGUGGCAGUCAUGCACUUGGCGGCGAGCCCGAGGAUAGAGAUCAGGAGGUCUUUGACCAGAGAAGGAAUCCGGCGCCCAUUCAGCGAUCGAGCACGGAUGCCUUGUUUGGGCCCAGUUUGACGUCCAGCUACGCACAAGGUGCUGGCAACAUUGGCUCCAUUGGCAGUCGGUCUAUCACACCCCAGCAGUUUGGUCGGGCUCAAGGCAACUUCCCGGAUCAGGUGCCCCCAGGUCUUUCGGCUCCUCAGUCAACACUCUUCCAGGGCCAAGGUCAUACUCGGCAGCAGUCGCGAUUCAGUUUUGCCAAUGAGAAUGCUUCAGGCUCAAAGGUCAAUUUGGCUGCUAACCCCAGACUCAUGGCCCAACAAACUUCCAUGAUGCCGUCUUCCUUCCAAUCACAACCUGGUAACCAAUUCUAUGCGUCUUCCAUGCCUGGGCCGCCUCCUGGCCUCAAGUCAACAGGUACUCCCCCUGGUGCUGGCAUGUUCGGACAAGGGCAAGGUUUUGGCUCUGGUUUUGGCGGUGCACCCUCCAAGGACAAUGCAACCGAGUUACUUCGAAAUAUGUUUUCGAGGGGAAACGUUAGUGGCCAUGCCCAAGACGUGGGUAAGCGUGAGUACUUUUCCUCUUUUCAGAACCAAUACCCAAGCUCCUCUACCUCCUCCACCCCUGCUCCUGCCUCCGGCCCGAACGUCCUGGCAUCGCUCUAUGCUUCCCAGCCUGGAGCCUUUUCUCAGGAUUUUGGACCCAAGCAGAAGAAAAAGGGGAAGAAGCACAGGCACGCUAACACUUCCUCCUCUGGGGGAGGUGCUGUAGUAGAUCUUGCAGACCCGAGCAUCUUGCAGGCACGUAUGCAGCAGCAUCAGCACCAAGGCAGCAAUGCCGGAGUUGGACAGGGGCUGUUUGGAGGUCAGAGUCAAGGUGGGUACAAUCCAAACAUGAUGUAUGGUGCCGGUGCCGGUGCCGGAUAUGGCAGAUGGUGA